AUGUCAUCAAAGACCAAAUUCGAACCCAAGGAGCUUGUGUUGGCGAAAAUGAACGGCUACCCGGCGUGGCCGGCGUUUGUCAUGCCUCAUAGCGAAGUGCCGCCGCUGGUGCUCCGGGCGAAGAAGAAAACCAGCAAUUAUUGUGUGAUAUUCAUCCCCGACGGCGACUACUACUGGAUGAGCGAUAAGAACUUGACGCGGUUAAGCCGUGAUAAGCUCCGUGAACGAGUGGCGAAAGUGCCGACGCUGGUGCGACGCAAUUUCGCUAAACGGCUGAAGAACGGGCGUACCAAUAACGUCAACGAGGCCCUCCUCGCCGCCGAAGACGUCGAGUUCGACCUGUUUAUCCAAAAGAAACGUGCUGAAGAUGACGAAGACGAUGAAGAAGAAGGAGAAGGAGAGGAAGGAGAGGAAGGAGAGGAGGAAGAGGAGGAAGAAGAGGGAGAUACUUCCGUGAAGCAGGAGACCGAUACUACCGGUGACGUUUCCGUCGAUACUACGGCGCUGCUGGAUCAGGCGCCGUCACGACGUAACAAGCGCGUCAAGGACGAGCUCGACGAUACCGGCGACGACGCCACUGCUGCUGCCGCCAAACGGUCGAGAAAUGGUAACGGUAACGGCACUACCGCUAAAACCAAUGCCAAUGCUAAUGGUACUAACUCGCCGCCGGAGUUAAGCGACGAUGAACGGCAAAAACAGUUAUGGCAGUGUCGGAUCAAGCUCCAGCGGACGUUGAUUCAACGCAACCAACCGACAACACCCAAGGAUACGCAGGGACUUAAGCCGCCGCUGGCCGACGAGCUCAGCAUGGCGCGGUUCAUCAUGAACCGGUUACAGGAUUUCCCCGUCACCCUUGAUUUAUUACGCCAAACCAAGAUCCACAAAGUGCUCAAGUGUAUCAUCAAGGACGCCGACUUGGAGUACCCGGAUCUGUUCAAAUUGCACGAGCGGCUGAGCGCGUUGUUGGAGAAAUGGGACCCCCUCAUCCAGGAAUUGAAGAAAGACAAGGGAGAAAAGUAA